AUGUUGGGUGCCAUUGCAAGAUUGAAGCAUUACCUAGUAGUCAUUUCUCUAAUUAAACGAAUCGAAUCAUUUGGUAUCUCUCCUGAUGUUUAUACUCUUAAUAUUUUGGUUAACUGCUUCUGCCAUUUGAAUCGAGUAGAUUUUGGGUUUUCUGUCUUGGCAACAAUUUUGAAACUUGGUCAUCACCCAAACUCUAUUACUCUAAACACCCUUGUCAAGGGGCUCUAUCUUCAAGGUAACAUUGCUGGAGCUGUGAGGGUGGUAGAAGAAAUGGAGAAGACUGGGUAUAAGCCUAAUGCAAUUACUUGUGGAACAAUACUAAAAGCUCUGUGUAAGAUUGGACAGACUAGUAUGGCUAUUGGUUUGCUUAGGAAGAUGGAAGAAGGGAAUUUUGAGCUUGAUCUGACAAUGAAUAACACAAUCAUUGAUAGUUUAUGUAAGGAUAGAUUGGUAACUGAGGCUUUGAACCUUUUAUCUGAAAUGAGGAGUAAAGGCUUUCAACCGGACGUUAUCACUUACAAUUCCUUAAUUCAAGGCUUAUGCAAUUUCCACUGGUGGAGAGAGACUAUUACUUUGUUGAAUGAGAUGACACAGAGGAAGAUCAUGCUAAGUGUGAGGACCUUCAGCAUAUUGGUGGACACAUAUUGCAAAGAGUGUUGA